CUUAUCAAAAGCUUUUUUUUUUUUUUUAGUUUGUAUAAUUUGACACGCCAUGGCGUCGAUGGAUGAUUGGAUUGAGCAGCUGUACACCUGCAAGCAGCUCACCGAGACGCAAGUCAAGCAGCUCUGCGACAAGGCUCGCGAAAUCCUCAUGGAAGAGUCGAACGUCCAGCCCGUGCGCUGCCCAGUCACGGUGUGCGGUGACGUGCACGGCCAGUUCCACGACCUGAUGGAGCUCUUCCGCAUUGGUGGCAAGGCCCCCGACACAAACUACCUGUUCAUGGGCGACUACGUCGACCGUGGCUAUUACUCGGUCGAGACUGUCUCGCUGCUGGUGGCGCUCAAGGUCCGCUACCCCGACCGCAUCACCAUUCUCCGCGGCAACCACGAGAGCCGACAAAUCACCCAGGUCUACGGCUUCUACGACGAGUGUCUCCGAAAGUACGGCAACGCUUCGGUCUGGAAGUACUUUACCGACCUGUUCGACUACCUCCCGCUCACCGCGCUCGUCGAAAACCAAAUCUUCUGCUUGCACGGCGGUCUCUCGCCCUCGAUCGACACGCUCGACCACAUUCGCGCCCUCGAUCGCAUCCAAGAGGUCCCCCACGAGGGCCCCAUGUGCGAUCUGCUCUGGUCGGACCCCGACGACCGCUGCGGCUGGGGCAUCUCUCCCCGUGGCGCCGGCUACACGUUCGGCCAGGACAUUUCCGAGACGUUCAACCACAACAACGGCCUGACCUUGGUCUCCCGUGCCCACCAGCUUGUCAUGGAGGGCUACAACUGGUGCCACGAUCGCAACGUUGUCACCAUCUUUAGCGCGCCCAACUAUUGCUACCGCUGCGGCAACCAAGCCGCCAUCAUGGAGUUGGACGACAAUCUCAAGUACACCUUCUUGCAGUUUGACCCUGCUCCUCGUCGUGGUGAGCCGCACGUUACUCGUCGCACUCCCGACUAUUUCUUGUAAUUCACCACGUUAUCUCCAUGUUUUCUUCUGUCAUCUUUGGUGUAAUCUUUGCUAUCAAUUCGGUUGCUCUUUCGUUCGAUUGUUGUUGUUUCGUUCUGUCCCUCGCUCGCUCUCUUCUUCUUCUACAUCUUCCUCGUGCUCCCAUCCCUCUCCCCUCGCCCCCUCCUUUAAAGCUGCCCGAUGCAUUUCCACCUCCCUCAAUUUCCCACUUUUCGGCUUUGUUGAAUACUUUCUCAUUCUGUUGUCGUGUUUGAUGGAUUUCUAUUCGCGCGUGGGUGUGGUCGACUCUGUCUUUUUUGGGAUGCUUUUCAAUUUGAGUGUUGUUACAUUUGAGACACCAAUAUUCAAAAUAAAUACUCCAAUCCUGCCAAAACAAA